AUGUUACCCAUUCUUGUUAUGAUUGCAUUUAUUCCAUUGUUGGAUGCAUCCAAAUUUCCACUGUUUCGAAUCAGUGGAACACUUCUCUGUCGAGGAAAUCCAAUAAAAGGAAAUAUUAUUAUGAUUGACGACAAUUUUUCUAUCAAUGAUCAUCUCUUGAGCGAAAAGAAAGUAGAACUUGAUGGAAAAUUCAGUUUACGAGGAGAGCCUAUCGAUGAUUGUCUUGAUGUGAAACUAGUCGUCGAACACAAAUGUCAUGGUAUGAAGGCUGGAAGAGGAGACAGUUCGAAACUGAAGGGAUACUCUGUGUUUCCUGUUCACAUAUCCGAUUUGGUUAAAAGUGAAUACGAUUUUAGUUGGGAUAUCGAGUUAUCAGAGAGCACAGUUCGUAUCUCAUCUCCAGUUCUCCCCGCUUGGAGAGCUUGGUUGUACGGGAAACGAAUAAUCUCCGAUAGCAUCGAACGUAUCAAACAACUCAAGAUCUGGAAUAAUGUUUAG